UGCUGCUGCGUCCUCGUUUACGGAACUUUUGCGAGGUCAUUAACGGUGGGAGCCACAGAGAUAUGCACUUCUCUCAGCCUCUCAUUCAACGAGCUGAACGCUAUCUGCUUGCUUUAUAGCCAUAUCAAGAGUGACUGAAGAAGGUAAGUACCCGCUGAUCUUAUUGUGUGCUGACCGGGCUCCAUCUGGACACUCUAUGGGAGGCUCUACACGAUUACUCAAGAAAAGGUGGAGACACGACAUAUUUGGGAAGGACAGACGGCCGAUUGAGAAACCCUGGAUCCAAGGAAUACGAGACAUAAUCCGCGACGAGGGGAUCCGAGAAACCACCCCUCAGGAUGGCACCGACGCAGGUGCGCAAGAGGAUCUCUACACGGACAAUGGCAUGUCCGCAUUCAUCGAACUUUACGCAACUCCACAAUCAAAGGCAAAAGAACUAGUUGAGUUUUGCGAAGGAUUUUCUCUGGACCACCCCGAUCACAUAUCAGAAGGUCAGCCUGCUACAGCCUGGCUGGAUGACACAUGUUUCAGGCCACAGGAUUCGCAGACAUUGGGUCCCACUUCCGAUCGCCUCUGUAGGCGCUAUCCUGGAUUCCUCACACCACUUAUGCUGAGACAUUAUCUAAAACAAGAGCGAUUUGACCAUAAAUCUGAGCCUGAUGCGGAUAGACGUCUGAUAGCAAUAGCAGACCUAAAUCCGCUAUACAUGCUUGUGCUUGCCGAAACGGCACCUGGCCAUCAAGUUGACGCCCUUGCGGAUGCGCUGUGGAAGCACUUUGCCUUACAAACAUCCUUACGAUGCCAGACUGUUCUUAAAGGAUACGCAGUAUACAAGCUGGAACUGCACAUUCCGUACUACCCGUUGCGUAAAUACGAUAUGAACACUACACCGGCCUCACCUCCAAUGGGAAAACAGCACAGGAAAUGGAGAGACUUGACUUUCCUAAUCAAUGGCUCUUUCAAACCUCAGAAAGAGCUCACCGGGAUCCACGACGCCCACAUCUCGAUUGUUAUAUGUGGCACAGACGAAAAACGCUGGAUUGCUUACUCUUUCGUCGACAGUUACUUCGACGACGGUGAUGAAAUGGGCAGUGACGAGUUCUCUCAUGUCGUCGCCAUGGCUGACCAGAUUGCUGGGUGUGGCAACUAUGGAAUGCCAAUCAACGCAAACAAUCCGAUAUGGGAUCCUCUCCUCUAUUUCUCGAAAGUGGCCUGCAUCAGAAUGCGCCAGGUCGAGGAAACUUGGGCGGAUCUCGUGCGGAGAGUAGAAAAUGGCGUCCGGGACUUCAUUGAUGCCCAUCCAUCCAGCUCGCAUCAGGGAAAAGUAAUACAGAGUGGGGACGAAGAGGCCAUGGAUGUGUUUCUGUGGAUUUCCAGAGCAAUGGAGAGCAUCGCUUCUCUGCUCAAGGUCCUGCAAUCCACGAAUAGAGUCUGGACGCAAUUCUCAGCGAAUGGUGAUCUGGAUUAUUUCGAUCGCCAGGGCUUCGUGCCGCAGGAGACUCAAACUGACGUCGAAGCUCACCUUCAAGAGCUUGCGGAAAUAUUUGCACAGUUCAAGGACCAUGAAGACAGGCUGAAGGAUCUCAUUCGGCAAUGCGAACUAUAUGGCGACACGCGCCUUUGGACGCUCCAACUGACUGCUGUGGGCAGUAAAGCCGCACAAAGAAACGAGGCCGCCGCCUACUUGAACAUACUUGCGGUAGCUCCUCUACAAGUGGCCUGCAACUUACUCGCUAUACCUGCGAGUGUUCCGCUUCUCAAGCAGGACUGGAAAUCCCUUGUUACAUUGAUCCUAAUUAUGGUCAUAGGUCUCCAGAUCUUGCAAUACUUGCUGUAUCUGGUCAAGGAUCGUAUACCAUGGCAGCGCUGGCGGCGGCGGCUCAUUGAGCAAUUACCGACUAUCAAUCUCAACCUCGGGAUGGUUUUGAAGAUUUUGGCUCGACUUUAUGAGACGGACAAACUUCGAAGACCAACAACACGGAGAGCUACGGAGGAAACUCUUGUCAACACUCGCGAGUCAAUGCCGGUUUGAACGCAGCUGCAAACUUUGGUUGCCGUAUAAUAAUAUGAGGAGAUAUAAAACUUCACCAUCGCGAGACCUGGAUUCAUCUUCCUGGGCGGUUCAUGUUCCAUGUGUAACAAGGCCAGGUCCCACGGUCGGAGUCUCAGGUCGCAUUCAGCAGCACAAUCUGCCGAAGGGUCUUCCGGAGGCGCAAAGUUGGACCGCAAGGCAACGGGCCAGCCUUGGCAGAAUACAUGUGUAUCCAUGAACAGUCGUUAGAAUGUGUGCCCUGGCAAUCGAGGAGGUGGGCACAUGGUCGCUAC